AUGUCAAAUUUUCCAACAUCAACCGUAGUUCAUCCAACUGUAUUGUUAUCAGUUGUCGAUCAUUAUAAUAGAGUUGCAAAAGAUACAAAUAAAAGAGUUGUUGGUGCAUUAUUAGGUUCAAAUAAUAAAGGUGUUGUAGAUAUCUCAAAUUGUUAUGGUCUUCCAUUUGAAGAAGAUGAUACCAAUCCAAAUAUUUGGUUUUUAGAUCACAACUUCCACGAAAACAUGUUUGCAAUGUUUAAAAAAAUCAAUGCACGUGAAAAUGUUGUUGGUUGGUACAGUACUGGUCCAAAAAUUAGACCAGCAGAUCAAGAAAUUAAUGAAUUAUUUAGAAGAUACACACCAAACCCAGUCAUGGUUAUUAUUGAAGUUCAACCAAAAGAAUUAGGUAUUCCAACCAAAUCCUAUGUUACUAUUGAAGAAAUUAAUAAAGAUACAUCCGAAUCAACAAUGAGAUUCCAACAUAUCCCAUCAUCAAUCGAUGCUGUAGAAGCUGAAGAAAUUUGUAUUGAGCAUCUUUUAAGAGAUGUUAAAGAUUCAUCAAUUUCAUCAUUAACCACUCAAAUAACUGAUAAGAAGAUUUCAUUAAAACAUCUUUUAACAAAUCUUCAAGAGAUGUCAAAUUAUUUAAAAUUAGUUUGCGAAGGUCGUUUACCACAAAACCAUCAAAUUAUUGGCUAUAUUCAAGAUAUUAUUAAUCUUUCACCAAAUUUAAAUGCUAAUGAAAUUUCAAAAUCUUUUGCUGUACAAAACAAUGAUACCAUGUCUGUUAUUUACUUGUCCUCAAUGAUUAGAUCCAUUAUAGCCUUACAUAACCUUAUUAUCAAUAAAACUGCCAAUAGAGAGGCUGAAAAGAAAGCUGAUUUAAUUGCAAAUGCCCCUCCAGUUACUGAAAAAGAAAAAGAAAAAGAAGAAAAUGCUUUCAAUGGUGCUGAUAAACAGCCAGCAAAAUAA